UUUCUUUUUUUUCUCAUUUUUCUUUUCUUUUUUUUUUUUUCUUUCUUUCCCCCCUUUUUUUUCACUUUCUACACUUUUAUUAAUAUUUAUAAUCAUGUCAAGUGAUCUUGAUAGUGUCUUGCAAUCUCUUGAACAACAAGUUAAUGACUUUUCUUUGGAUAUAAGUCAAGGCAAUGAUGGUCAAUCAUCUUCUAAUAGUUUUGUUUCUCCUUCUAUAACAUCUCAACAUUCUCAUUCUAAAGUUACACAUCACAAACAUCACAAAGACGAUAAUGACGAUGACGAUGAUAUUAUUGGUCACCUUCUUCAAAGUCCUACUUCUCCAUCUUCAUCCAUUCAACAUAACGACCUGUUUCCUCCACAUCAAAUGAAAAGUUCUCCCAAAACUAUUGGAUUAGCAAGAAGUCUUAGUUCUGGUACUAGGAAAUUCCCAAAGAAAUUGUUACCAGAUGAACCUGUACCUUCUAUACCGACCACUCCACCUACUUUUAAAAAUCAAGAUAUCUCUACUACUAAAGAUGAAACCGAUGAUUUACAACAAGCUAUGCAAUUGGCUUGGGCUGUAUUAGAUGCUGAUCAUUCAGAUAUAAAGGAUACAUCAACUAAAGAAGAAGAAGAAGAAGAAGAAGAAACAAUAAAACAACAUCAUAAUACAACUAAUGCAACUGGAUCUAGUGUGACAACAGUGACACCAAGUCAAACCAUGACAACAAGGAUUUUCAUUGAAGAUGGAAAAAAUCACAAGACAGUGCAACUAACAAAUGUACUGACAACGGCUAUGGUGAUUCAAUAUUUGAAAAGAAAGGAAUUAUUGGAUAACAGCGAUGAUUGGACCUUGUUUGAAAUAGCCAGUAGUCAUGGUGUUGGUAAGAUAAUCGGGAAUAACAGGUUUCACAAUCCUCAUCUAUAUCUUAUUUUAGAACGACCUCUCCGACUUUGGGAAAUAGUGAUGGAUAUUACUUCUUGUUGGGAACAAAAUGUCAAUAACGCGUUAUUGGUGAAAAAGUAUGGAUUCUAUGAAUCAUUGACUGCUGAUAGUAUUCGAGAUCGACCUUUACCAGUUCAUGGUUGGCUUCAUAUUGAAUACAAGAAAGGUAAAUGGCAAAAAAGAUAUUGCUUUAUCAAGGAUCACGCCAUAUAUCAUGCUAAAGAUAGCAAGUGCGCCAACUCCGCUAUUCUUUGUCAUUUACCAGCCUUUGACGUUUAUACAUUACUUCAGCCCUGUACUACAUCCCCAACACCUUUUGCAUUUGCCUUACGUGCUCAAGAUCGUGCUGCUAUCUUUGAAAAAGAAGAAGAUUAUAUCCGUUUAUUCUCUGCUGAAAAUCAAGCAUCUAUGGAAUCUUGGGUCCUUGGCAUUCGUCAAGCAAAAAGUAUUAUUCAAUAUCAACAAUAUCCAAAACGUGUAUUGAACCCAUUGACCGCUUUGACAACGGAAUUACGACGACUCAAAUCAACCAAACAAACAACAACAAUGGAUGAUAUAAACAAUGUAGAGGGACGACCUAGAGCUCGUAGUGAAUCCACUUCUCGACGUAUCACUGAUGAAACCAUCAAACGAAAGGCAUCUACUCGAGGAUUAUCACGAAAUGGCACGAUUCGAAAUCAUCAUGAUACAAUGGAGGAAAACAAUAAUACUACUUUGAUUCAAAUUGAUGACAAGAUACAAUUUUCCAAAGGAUCUUUAUUAGACAAUACAUCGGCUACUUUAGGAACAACAAUGAUCAGAUCGAAAAGUACAAGGGAAACAUCCAAUCAUCGUAAACCAGAUGAUCAACAAGUUUUAUCUCAUCAUACCUCCAUUCGAAGAAAAGAUCGUCAACGACAACAUGACGUGCCUUUGCCCAAUACCAAUGCCAUCAUGACCUCCAAUACAUCCACCACUUUGCUCAAGUUGAACGAGACUCCUGAACGUUUUCAUACACAGACUUUACUUCAACGUCAAAUGAAACCCUUAUUGAAUUUUGAUCAUGAUUCUGAUCAUCGCCGUUGAUCCUUCUUUAUCUUCUCUCUUUUUUUUUGAUGUUAGUUAGAACUCUUUGAUGUUGUG